ACAGAACCCUUUCAGCUUUAAAGUAGUUCGUAAAAGCUGAAGUAGCUCAUAGUGUCCCUCCUGACAUGGAUUAGGUGGUCACCCUAAAAACGUGUCAGAACCAAAACUCACCAACUGACCGCAGCUUUCACAUCGUGGCAUACAGUUUUGCAAGACGAUAUUUUAAAACACUUUGAUACUAUCUCACAUCAGUCUUCAGUCUAUUCCUCCUCAGCAGGCAAAUUAAUAUUAACCCUCAAAAUGGGUGGAUUAGGCAAACUACGCGAAUUCGGGUUCUUGAGGUGGUUACGGGAAGAAAGACAAUCGAGGAGGUUAAUUCUGUUGAUUGUCUUCAUCGCUUUGCUACUGGAUAAUAUGCUGCUUACGGUAGUCGUUCCCAUCAUCCCUAGUUACCUGUACACAGCAGCUAAAGAGGGAAUGGCUGUGAAGAACCACACACCUUCCUUGGACUACUCCCCAAGUAGCUUUCAAACCAUCAUGUCACUCUACGACAAUUCCACCAGGGUAACUGGAGGCACAGUGCAGGGGCUGUCUGGUCAAGUGGUCGCCACUGCACCCGUCACCUUUGGCAAUGACACAGAAGAAAACUGCCACAAGGAUGACAAGACGCUCCUCAAUGAGAAUGUCAAAGUGGGACUGCUGUUUGCCUCCAAAGCCACUGUGCAGCUGAUCACCAACCCAUUCAUUGGGCCACUGACGAAUCGAAUAGGAUACCAGAUUCCCUUGUUUGCUGGGUUUUGCAUCAUGUUCAUUUCCACCAUUAUGUUUGCUUUCUCGAAAAGCUACACUCUGCUGUUUUUCGCUCGAUCUCUGCAAGGUGUCGGAUCAUCCUGCUCCUCUGUUGCUGGGAUGGGGAUGCUGGCCAGUGUGUACACUGAUGAUGAGGAGAGAGGAAACGCCAUUGGAAUAGCUCUGGGUGGACUUGCAAUGGGCGUGCUGGUUGGACCUCCUUUUGGAAGUGUAAUGUAUGAAUUUGUUGGGAAGACGGCUCCCUUCCUCAUCUUGGCAUUGCUCGCUGUCCUGGAUGGAGCCCUUCAACUUUUUGUCUUUCAGCCCUCGAAAGUGCAACCAGAGAGCCAGAAGGGAACCUCGUUGCUGACCCUCAUGCAAGAUCCUUAUAUUCUCAUUGCUGCGGGGUCCAUUUGCUUUGCAAACAUGGCGAUUGCCAUGCUGGAACCCGCACUGCCAAUCUGGAUGAUGGAGACUAUGUGUUCCCCAAAAUGGCAGCUAGGCGUUGCAUUUGUGCCUGCCAGUGUCUCCUACCUUAUUGGAACCAACAUAUUUGGUGUUCUUGCACACAAAAUGGGAAGGUGGCUGUGUGCUCUCAUAGGGAUGCUUCUCGUGGGGAUUAGCAUUCUCUGUGUACCAUUUGCUAAAAGCAUCUAUGGACUGAUAAUACCCAAUUUUGGUGUUGGUUUUGCCAUCGGCAUGGUGGACUCCUCUAUGAUGCCGAUAAUGGGCUACCUCGUCGACCUUCGCCACGUGUCUGUGUAUGGCAGCGUGUACGCCAUCGCGGAUGUUGCUUUUUGCAUGGGCUUUGCUUUAGGUCCGUCGACUGGGGGUGCCAUCGCCCGUAGUAUCGGGUUCCCCUGGCUAAUGACCAUCAUUGGCAUUGUGGAUAUCCUGUUUGCCCCUCUCUGCUUUUUCCUCAGGAAUCCAGCUGCUAAGGAAGAGAAAAUGGCAAUCUUAAUGAACCACGACUGUCCAAUGAAGACGCGAAUGUACACAACGCAGGACUCACAGCACUAUCAGAUGGGAGAGGAGAUGGAGACAGAAAGUGAUGAGUAGCCGAGGAAGCCACACAUGUACGUGACCUUUUACAGAAAAAAAAAAAGAAGAGCCAUUUGUGUGUGAUCAUUCCCCCCUAGCUCUUCUUACUGUUCCAUGUCACUAUAGUAUUCCACCUACUCAGACCAAAGCGGUUUGUCCUUGUCCAUUGUGACAUGCACACAUAAUUACAGAUGUCAAGAUAGUGGAACCCUGAAUUCCCUCUCAGGGUGAAGUGCUGUGUGAUGUUAUAUGUGACUUCAGCUCGCUCUCUGGCCACAGAAACUCUAAAGGUUGCGCUUUGGUUAACUGGUGAUGAAAUCCGUGAUAUUUCCAAAAUAACUGUUUAAGUAAGAACAAAGCCUGUGUGAUUAGCAUUGAUGUUGCUUUUGAAAGGAUGAUAUUUGAAUCUGGCACUUUAAAGACAUUCAGUGAAGGCUCUGUGCAGUUAAUAUGCUUUUUGGUAAAAUUAGAUUUGGUAAUGCCAGUAUGUUUUCUGCUUUGUUGGCAUUCACUGCAUAAAGCAGGUGUUGUCAAAAUCAAAUGUUAUCCUGUACAGUUACAUGGUGCCCAAUUUUAAUGUAAAAUGUUCUCGUCUUUAUUACAUGUUUAAAGAGACUAUUUGCUUACCUUGAAAUGGGCCUUAAAUAUUUAACUUGUUUGCGCAAUCAGGGGAAAAAUUUUAAAAAGGAUUUAUCUUCUUGUGCAAUCAUUAAAAUCUAUUUUGUUGGGAGAAAUAUUUUGUUGAGGUUAAAUCACAUCACAUUUACUGCUUCUGUGAGGCUGGGGUGCAUCUUAACCUUCAAAAUGAAAACGGCAUUCUUGUGAUAUAUCAAAGAUUCUUUACAAAUUUGCUGUUGAAUCUCCAGCUACACGUCUGCCCCCAUGUCAGUAGGUACUGGUUCUUCUUCCCCCUGCAAAUACACCUGGUAGGAAGUAAACAUUUAUACAGCAACGAGUAGCAUUUUAGCAUGCAUGUGAAAAAUAACAGAGCACACACUCAAGCAAGUUUGCUUCACUGCUGGAAAUAAAUUACACUGGUCAACAAAAACUAUGUCACAAAACAGCUAAGGGGCAUUUUUAUGUACUUGUUUAUCCCCCAGCUCCCUUUGCAGUUCAUAGACCCUUAAGAGGGAUAUUCCUGAGGCCAAGUACAGCAGGUCAUACAAUUCCAUCAUGCACAUAUACAUAUUUAACAGCGUGUGACAACAUCCUUGUAUGACAGGGAAAUUCUGAUUAGAUAUUUUAAUCAAGCAAAAAUAUUUUAAGAUUCACCUAUUUUGAUUUGUGUGACAAAAAGACAGUAAAAAUUUGUUGACCAGUGUUAACUAGACCACUUUCGCAAACAAUAAAACUGACCCAGAAUUUUUGACCAUUUAAACGGACAGAUUACUUUCCAGGACUUACCAGGUAUGCAUAGUCUUUUACAUUUAUAUGUAGGUCACGUGUGCUUUUGCACGUGGAGUAAAAGGUUGCAUUUCUUCAUUAUCUUAUUUGCUCACCCUGAUUUAAAGGUAUCUUGAAGUGCAAUACUGCGUCACAUUGCGUUGAUCAAAAUGUCAAUACUCACUUCUGAGGUACAUAAAUGUGUCUGACCAGCAGACACCUGCUCCCUUGAUAUUGAUUUAGAAGCAGGGCAUCAUGCACAUUUCUCCCAUGAGUCAAUAGUACUCGCAAAAGCAUUUUCCCUACUAAUAAAGACAGAUAUCAUAACACAUUUGUGCUCCUGCUCUUGGCUCUAGGUUCCUAAAUGAGUAGUUUCCUAAUGCUUAAUUAACCAAGCUAUUUAUGCAGCACGCCUGGAUAGUGUGAUAGACACAUAAGCUUUUUACAUUGCCAUUUAACACAUUUUCUCUCAGAUAUUGAGUGUCCUUUCCCUGUUCAAUUUUAGCAUGGCAGAAGUGAAAAUACUGACUCUACUCUUGGGCAAGAGCCCUGAGAAAUAACAGGAACAGUGAAGUAUUCAAAGGACAUUUAAUAGCAACCACCCAUGAUUGCUCUUUAGCAUUUACUGUAACUGGUUAAUGACAGGUCCACAGUUAUUGCUAUGUAUGUAUCCAUCAUAAUGACAAAAUGGAUGUCUAUCACUAUAGAGUGACAUUUCUCAUACAUCAAAAAAACAAACAGAUCAAUACUAAAACCCUACUUUAAUCGACUCCCUAAUGACCUCUACUGCAAACCUAUUUGAAAGUUUAUGAAAGCUCAGUCAAAAUGGCCACCGUAAUCAUGUAAUUUGUACACGUGGUUAGAAUCUUGUUUUCGUUACACAUUCAUUGUCUUAUGGAGAUUAGCAUAUAUUUUAGAGUUUGUUGUUUGGUAAAAGAAAUUUAGCACAUAUAAAAAUUAAAUGGAUGUGUAUGUGUGUGUAUGCCUUCUAAUCUGUGAGUCCUUGGUUUGUAUUUGUACUACAUGAAAUAUUAAGUAACCUGUACAAAAAGACAUCUGUGAAAUUGUACUUUUAACCAGGAAAUUGGUUAAUUCAAAGGUGUAAUGGUGUGCUUGUAUUCUGUAUAUUAAUAUUUAAUACAGGGGAAUGCAGCAAUGUUGUACAACUAUAUGUCAUUUGUGUGGAAUGUUUAGAAAAUUAAGUGGAUUAAAGAAUGUAGAAUCCAGUUUAAAAUGUA